AUGAUAGAUAAGAUUGGACAAGCGCUUACUGAUGCAUUCAUGAUUACUGAUAAAUACCUUUUUGAUGAUCCUCGUGCGUGGACUACGGGAAGCACAGCAGUUGUUGCUGCUCUAUCAUUUCUGUCAUCAGAUCCUCGUAUUGUGGUGGUGGCAAAUACAGGCGAUUCAAGAGCUGUGAUAAUGACAGCAACUAAGGCGGAUCCGGUCUCAACAGAUCAUAAGGCAACAUUGGAACGAGAACGAAAGCGAAUUAUUCAGCAGGGCGGACAGAUUUUGUCUGCUGAAGAUGGAAUAAGAGUUUACCCAUCUGGAUUGGCAAUCACAAGAGCUCUCGGAGAUGUCAAAUAUAAGAACAUCAUUGAGGGAAAGCCAGAGAUCAUGGCAGGCGAGUUAUCAAAUGACGAUGAAAUACUCUUAUUGGCAACAGAUGGCUUUUGGGAUGUAUUCAAGAACCAACAAGCUUUUGAUUGGGUCUCGACAUGGAUGAAGUCAAACAAAGAGAGUAGUAUGGACAUUCUAGCACAUGCGCUGGUUGAGGAGGCGAUCAAUAGGGGUAGCGAAGAUAAUGUGACUGUGAUUGCUGUUGAGUUGAACAGCAUUAAGCCAGCACAGCCAUUUAUGGAAGAAAUUGUAUAG